AACUACAUAAUAAAACUAUAAACUAGGCCAAAACCUCACUGGAAACCUGCCUGCUGUAUUAUUCAAGCCAAAUGCACUGUUUCCUUUUCAAAGUUCAGUGGUAAUUAUCACUUAUUGCUCAAUUAAUGUAAAAAAAACUACUAACACCAAUCGAUAAUCAACCGUUAAUCGGAUACACUCAAUUACAAAACAAGUUGAGUAAUGUUUGUAGGUACUUGAUUUUAAAUAGGCGAAUUAUACAAAAACAGUCCAAAGGGCUCAGCUUAUUAAUUGAUAAAGCAGCGCUGCAGCGGUUGCGCAGUCAUCCGCAAGGCCAUGGCCGUCCAUCAGUCAGCGGAUGUAGGAAGCGCCACAUCGCUAGUUGAUCACUGGCGGCCGCACACGCGCUGGCCACUAACAUUAAAAGAAAAACGUUUUUCUUUUUUCAAACUUUAAAAAAUUCCCGCGUUCGUGUCACCUUCAUUUGUUUUGUGUUAAUUUAGUUGCAUAUAAAGUUCUGUAGUAACAUUAUUAAAAUAUUAUUAUUAUCUGUAUCUGUGAUUAAAUAUUGCAACAGUUAUCAGUUUGAAGAGUUAAUAAAUUAGCAAUUAAGACCAACGAGCGUUGGUCACUGCAACAAUGAGCAGACAACUGGACACGUUCUAGAGAUCGACGGCAACUGCAGCAACUGUGGAGUGAAUUUUAAUGUUGAUAUACAGAGAGAAAAUGCCUCUGCCGAUGGUGAAAAGAUGCUGUGGAUUUCUUCCUUUGGAGGUCGGGUUCUACGCAGUAUGUCUCUUGUCCAUUCUGGGCUGCGUCGCCAACAUCACGGCGGGUGCCUGGAACCUGCCUCGGCACCGGGAGAGAGAGCCUGAGGACAACCUCAUUUCCAUGAGCAUGGUCAUGUUCUCUGCCCUCAGCACCAUUGGCAACCUGGUGGCGGGAGCUGGCGCGUAUUUGAGGCGUCCCGGCUACCUGCAGCUGGCUAUCGUGUUCAACUCGGUGUUCAUCCUGUGCAUAUUCCUGAUCGCGGUGGUGACGUGCCUGUUCAGUCCCGAGCUCAAGAAGAGCCAUUUCCUGGAUUCCGCGGGAAACAUCGCUCUGGUGGUCAUCAUGUUCUUUGCGGGAGCAGCAUACUCCGUGUACUACUUGGCAGUAGUGAACUCCCUGUAUCGUACCAUGAAGGACGACGGUGACAGUGCGAUACCCAUUUGAGGGCAGUUCCAAUGGACCACUUCGAUCACGAACGACAUGACCAGCCUGUUAUAGUGUGACAACUUGUGGUUUUAGUGACGUGAUUCUCUGUGACAAGUUUUUUUGUGAUGUGAUUAUGACAUAAUAUCUUUGGCCUUUUGGUCGGGUGUUAUUUACAUGACAAAUGUUUUGCGGUGACCAGUCUGGAUUUAUAUUGACUGGACGGUUAACUUGUAAGUGUAUUCAAGGUGAUUGUUGGUAUUGUAUGUGUAAGCCAUGUAGUUUAGUUGAGCCAUUGUUAUUUAUACUUAAGGUUUAGAAUGAAGAAUAUUACGUACUUUUAAAAAUGUAUUACCUAGGUGUUAAGUUGUUUGGAAGUCACUACUUAUACUCUGUUGUUAUCAAGGUAAAUCUAUAAUAAAUAUGCAAUUAAUAUUUCUAUUUAGCGAAUGUCCAUUGCGCGUGUUUAAAUAUUAAUAAAUAAUAAUUUAAGUAACAUAUUUUAUAAUGGACAAAAAAUAUUUAUUUCUAGUCAUUCUACCUACAAUCAUAAUCGCUUAAGCUUAAUAUAAUCAUACAUAGAUAAACAUAUUAUAAGACAAGUAUUUGAAAUCAUUGUUGUGUUUAUUUAUUUCGAUUUAGAAAAUUAUUGAGAUGGAAAACUAUAGAAAAACAUGCCUUUCACGAAGCUGUAAAAUUGUUGAUUAUUUUGAAAUAUUAUGCUUGCGAUAUCCGUCCAUAUCUAAUUAGGAAAUUUAUGGGAACAGGUAUCUGUAACCAUUAGAUACAAAAAAUAAAAACAAUUCUUGCUAUAACGUUUUUAUUUAAAUACACAAUGCAUUUAACAAAGCGUUGUACAACAGUCACAAACAUCAAAAUUUCUAUAAAAUUAAAUUCAAUUCACAUUGUAAAUAAUUGUUACAACAUUUAAAGCGUUUUAAUUGAUCGAUAGUUGUGCAGACAUCAACUUAAGGCCUAUUCACAUUGAGAAAGGCAAAGAAAUCGCAAAAAUUGAUUCUGUAACUUACCAAUAUACUCAUUACAUCUACUACAAUAAUAAUUAUAUUCGAAAUUGAAUACAAAAUAAUAGCACCGCAUUAGACUCUGUACGUAAAAGUACAAGUCUACCAACAUUUUAUUGUCUUUUUAUUUAAAGUUGUAAAAAUAGUUUUAAAAAAAGAAGAUAAGAUCAAUAUGAAUAGGCCUUGAUAAAAUUUAAAUACAUGCAUAUAAAAUAUUUCUAACGAAGUUUCUAAUAUGUAUACUUGAAGGAGUACAUUCAUCGUAAAGGACAGGUAAAUAGUUAUAUAAAUAGUCAAGACUU